CGCGUUCGUGAACCGCGCCGGCGUUUACCGAAGAUGGAACUUGCUGGUGAAAAAGCGAGAGGGUGAGACAGAUCUUGAAUUCAGUUCGCAGAGUGAAGCAACGUGGAGAAGAAUGGGCGUUCCGUCUCCAUCGUUGCUGUAUCGAUAUUAAAUCAAACACGAGAGCAAAUAAAUUUUACUUUCGAAGAACCAACGAACUGAUUAUAAAUGGGCGAUUCUGGGAGUUAAAUUAAUUAAAAUAUUAUCCCCCGGCAAAUGAUUAAAAUCCCGGUGGGAUCAAAUAUUCCGAACUUUUUAAUAAUAAUUGUUGAUUCGCUAAUUUAUUAAAUUCGUGUAUUUAAUUCAUCGAGUUCGUUAAAUCGAAAAAUUCUGCUGAACGUUUCUAUACCGUAUCAAUUUUCUAAUUAAAUUGCGAAAAAAAAGUUACUACGUUGUAUUUAGUGGAGAACACCGAUUUGGACAAUUGAAAAACUCGGUGAAAUUCAGUUGAAGAUCGACAUGCCUAUGUUAAUGCCAUCGCUAGAUUUAAACUAUGAUGUCGAUGGAGUGAAAAUACCGGACGUGCCUGACCGAAAUAAUGAAUCGUCGCACGGUUUGCAACUGCAAACUUCACGCGACGCAGACCACACGCAGUUGCAGCAACGCGACCAUCUACAACUGAUGCAACUGCAGUUGCCACAACGGGACCACGUGUCCCCCCAGCAGCUGCAACAACGGGACAACAGGGACCAGUUGCAGUAUCAGCAACGAGAUAGGGAGCAAUUGCAUCGCGACAAGUUGCAACAGCAACGUGACCGCGAAAGGGAGCACCUGCAUCAAUUGCAGUCGAUGAAUAACUUGUUACUGGACUUACCGACAUCGGCUAACUUGCAAGGAUACUCCCACGAUAAGUCGUGCACCCAACCCAAAAAAGGAAACAAUAUCGAUGGAGAUAUGUCGAUCUCGGAUUUAUUCGGAUUGGGGUUGCCUCGGGGCUCAUUGAUGAACAGUCAGUCAACGGCUACAUCUCCCGGCUGCUAUAAUUAUCAGUAUCAGGCUCGCAAUCAGGGGUCCUCUCAGCAUUAUCAGCAAUGUGACGAUAGAAACGGAGUAUGCUCGAAUUCGUUGAUGCUGGACGUUCCAAGCUCACCUAGUUCCAUCAGUACACCUGGCAGUCCUAGCACGCCCGAAAGUCUGUACUCCAAUCCGUAUUCAUACUCUUCUAUGAACAGUAGUAAUCAGGCGGCAUCAUCGCCAGCUAGCCGAGGAUCUAUGCAGCAGAUCGGUUCUCCGUCAUCCCCUCUUCAUUCUCCCUACUAUGGAAGAUCUAUUCGUGGCUCACCCCCUUAUAGCGACUGUAGCAGUCCUACGUUCGAGUAUUCGCAUAUGAUGGGAUGCAACAGUUCGAGAUCUAACUCACCGGCAGAUUCCGAAACGAGCGGAAUAAGUAGCAUGGAUGGUUCUUUAUCCGACAUAAUGAAUUGUUUAUCGUUAAAUACGUCGUCGAAUGGAUGUUACCCUCAGUCUCUGAGCUCGUUGAUAUCACCGGAAGUGGAUUUAUGUACGAACAACAGGGCAGCCGCGUUACAACGAAUGGUGGUGAAAAAGUACUUGUCUCCAUCUCAUCAAAAUUCAUCAUCGACCCAUCAUCACCAUUCACACGGACACAAUCGUGGUCAUCACUAUGGCUCGAAUCAAAAUAAUGGUUUCCUCAAUUCCCUGUUGUCGCAUGAGAAAAAUUGUUGCUCUGCCAAUAACCAUGUGAUGCAAUCCAAUUCACCUCCGAUUAAUAUUUUAAAUCCACAACUCUCUCUGGAACGUGUAGCUCGAUUUCAUCGAAGUGCCGCUGCGCUUUGCGAUCCAACUUGUACUUGGAGCGGUAUAUUACCACAACGUACUCAGAAACCGUCGGGUUACUCGUCCAAAGUAUUCCUUGGUGGCGUACCUUGGGACAUUACCGAAUCCCUUUUAAUUGCCACUUUCAAGCAAUUUGGUCAAAUACGAGUGGAAUGGCCGGGAAAAGACCAAUCCGCUGCUCAACCCAAAGGAUAUGUAUAUAUCAUUUUUGAGUCUGAAAAACAGGUACAUAGAUCUCAUAUUCUAUUCCUUUGCUUGAUUAUUCUCCUUUUACAAGAUUUUUUACAUCUUUUUAAGGUGAAAACUUUAUUGGCAUGUUGCACACACGAUUUUACCAAUGGUGGUAGUUGGUAUUAUAAAAUAUCGUCUAAACGUAUGAAAGCAAAAGAGGUUCAGGUAAUACCAUGGAUUCUAGAAGAUAGUAAUUACGUGAAAUCUUCUUCGCAAAAACUUGAUCCUCACAAAACAGUAUUUGUUGGCGCUCUUCAUGGUAUGUUAACAGCUAGUGGUUUAGCAAAAAUUAUGGAUGAUCUGUUCCGUGGGGUUAUUUAUGCAGGAAUUGAUACUGAUAAACAUAAGUAUCCGAUAGGAUCCGGUCGUGUUACGUUUAGUACAAAACAUUCGUACAUGAAAGCAAUUUCAGCUGCUUUCAUAGAAAUAAAAACUGCCAAAUUUACGAAAAAGGUACAAGUCGACCCGUACUUAGAAGAUUCUAUGUGUUCCGAGUGUUCGGUGCAACAAGGACCUUACUUCUGUCGUGAAGUGAUUUGCUUCCGAUACUUCUGUCGCAGUUGCUGGCAGUGGCAACAUUCUAUGGAAUCAAUGUGGCACCACAAACCUUUAAUGCGUAAUUCAAAAACAAACAAAGUAGUUGGAUUAUCACCGAAUAUGAACUCUGGAUCCCGUGGAAUGAAUAACUCCACGAUUUAAGUACAAUCAUCUAGCUUUCCUUUCAUGAUCAUUCGUUCACUUUUUUUUGACUAUUAGUUUUCACACGGACGUUGCGCUAGCUGACUUACUGACAAGGGUGCAAACUUAGUUUUUAUCCUAGAGCUACGAACUGCUGGUUUGACGAUAUACAAACAAAUACCGUAUACACCAGCUGAUCGGCGAAUGCAACGAUUUCUUUAUUAUCGUUAUUAUCACGUGCGUCCGUGGUAUAGAGACUAAUUAAAAGAUAAAAAAUCGUGUUUCCUGAAAAAGUUCCUAUUUCGAACGCGGCAACUACCACGUUCAACAAACAGUAUUUUUAUUUACUAUGUUUACUUAGGGGACUGGCUCUCUUGUUGAUCGUUUUAUUACGAAAAGUAUACAAUUGUGCCAUUAACUAACAUGUCACAUUAUGCGGCAAUUAUGCGUAACGAUGUGUGCGUUUACCAUUGAACUCCUGCGAGUUCAAUUGUGGCUUUUAUAGUGAAAAUAAUUUUUAUGCGAUAAUAAAAAAGAGAAGCCACUCGACUGCUAAGGAAGGAAAAGAAAGAAAGAAAGGCUAAGUUUGUGAUCUUCGAUGAUCCGUGAAAUACAACGCGCCGCUGUAAUAAUCUAACGGCGAAAUAUUACGCUUAAACCGUAAAUGAUUCGAUGAGAUUAGAUUAUUGUAUUGUUCUAGCGGCAGGAGGGAUUAAUAACUUGAUUAUUAUUUUUUGCGAAGAACGUAUUUAAUUUGAUAUAACCAAAGCGAUGACUUUCUAUUGAAGUACUGUCUGAAACAAUCCGUUCUUCUGUUUCAACGUUUAUUGAUGAUAUUGCCUCAUCUUUAUAGUUUUACGUUAGAUUGUACAGUGUAAGGGUAUCGCCAUAAAUGGGCACUGUAAAUCAUAAUUUAUCACCUUAGUAAAAAGUGCUAAGCGUUCGCGAGCUUUCGUUUACAGGGACUGUUUAACUGUUGACGAAAUGGAAAAGUACAUGGUCUACGAUUCUGGAGCGGAUUGUAGUGAAUUGAUUCUGUUUUUAUUUUUUGUUACGAUAUUAUGUUACGUAUUUUCUUUCAACAACAUUUCGUAGUAUUCUAAUCGUGUUUCUGAUGUUUUGAUAUCAUUUUCUUGAGUGAAUUAAAAAUCAUAUUUUUGCAGAUAGACGUUCAUUGUCGUUCUUCUUUUUUUUUUUGUUUCAUGAUUGUUUUUCUUUUAAUCGUUAAACAAACUGAUUUCUCCAGGCGAACCUUCUGCCCUUCCCAAUCUCCUCAUCUUAAAAGUGUGCUAAAUAUUAAAUGUUAUUACUCGAUUGCAAAUGUUUAUGCAUAUAUGAUGCACUGAAGCCUGCAAAGUAUUGUUUGCAGACUUUGAGAUAUCAUAAAUGUAUAAUCAUUUGUAGUUCAGUUAUUACAUUAUAAGAAUUUGAUGAAUACGUAAUACUAAAAACAUAACGUAAGAUAGGAAUUACUUAACAGCAAAAAUUGUAUUCGUCAUUAACAUUCAUUUCUUUUUAUUUACAGACCGACUUAAAUCGUGAUAUUUUAAUUAGAUUAAAAAUCGUACAGUUAAUUGUGUGUAAUACGCACAAUAUUUAGUCACAUUAUUCGUUUCACUACAGAUAAUUAUAAAUCAUUACUUUAUACGUUACUACUGGUGGAUGUUCCGAAAAAGAAGAUAUAUAAAAUUAAGAUUUAAAAUUGAGAAUGCAUAUAAUCAACAAGUUACUCUAAUAUGUUAUCGGUUGUAUUUAACAAGUGUUAAAGAAAGGGAAGAGUUAAUCAUGUUUCCAAAUCAUUGAAAUUUUGCUUGAUUUAAAAAUGUGGAACAAAUACAAAAAAUAUAUCGUGUUACAACAUCAAAUAUAAUUAACAAAUAACAUGAUUGCUAUAUAUAUAGGGAGAUACUCAUAUGAAGUGCUUUAAUACAACAUACAAAAUAUAUAUAUAUAUAUUCUACAGAAGCUUUGAACGUAUCCAUAAAGUUUUUAGUUUAAAAAACCCGGUUUACUAUGCCUAAGAAUAAUUCUAAACCGACGAAUGAUAAAAACUCUUAGGCUAAAAUCUAAUGAAUUGACGGCCAAAGAACGAUGAGCCGUUGGAAAUUUUAAAGAUGCUCUUUUAUCGAAAAUAUCUUAUUUACAAACUUUUAAUAAGUCGUGCCUUUUAAUGUAAUCUCCAUAGAUUUUAUUCUAAUGUGGAAAACACAAAUUAUUUUUAAAUCAUUGAUAACCACGCGAUAUAGGGUGUGAUCUAUUAUUAAAAAAAAAAGAGAAACAAAACUGCUACUGGUACGCAUGAUGUCAAACUUUCUUAAAACUUUUAAGAGACUUAAUCACGUGUGAGGCAAUGACUACACAACGCCCUAGAUAGCAAAAUACUUUCUUUUUUAUGUUCGUAUGAAAAGUGCCUCCUGUUCUUUCACUUUUAUUAAUAAUACAACCUACGUCUAUUAUUUAUAAGUAACAUGAUUCGAAUAUACAUUUAAAACUGAUUCGAAUAUUAAUAACAAUAUAUAAGUAUACACGUUAGCAUAAAGUCAAAUAAGCUUUGUCCAAGUAUUAAUAAUUUAUAUUGCUCUAGCUUUUUUCCUAUUACAUGUAUCCUUGUUAAAGCAUACCUUGUAACACAAAACUAAUAUAUUGAAAACAAUAAAUUGU